AUGGGCAGGGGCAAGUUCAAGGGCAAGCCAACCGGCCGCCGCAACUUCUCCACCCCGGAGGAGAUCGCUUCUGGAACUUCAGGGCGUCCACGCUCGUUUAAGAAGAAUGUAGCUGAAGCAGAAGAGGAAGAGGAAGAAGUGGAAGAAUCUGAAGAGGAAGAAUCCGAAGACGACGGUGAAGAGAAGAAACAUAAAGGAACUGAAGGUGUUAUUCAAAUCGAAAAUCCAAACCUGGUGAAAGCAAAGAAUAUAAAAGCCAAAGAAGCUGAUCUUGGAAAGACAACUGAACUCUCGAGGCGUGAGAGAGAGGAGAUCGAGAAACAAAAAUCUCAUGAGCGCUAUAUGAAGCUUCAGGAGCAAGGCAAAACAGAACAGGCGAAGAAAGAUUUGGAACGUCUUGCUUUAAUAAGGCAGCAAAGAGCAGAUGCUGCAAAGAAACGCGAAGAGGAGAAAGCUGCUAAAGAACAGAGGAAGACCGAAGCGCGCAAAUAA